AUGGCGGUUCCAAGGAAACGCAAACACUCUGGUGAAGAGACUCUACCUGAAAAGAGACAAAAGAAGACCAUCGAAGCUUCUAAAUUUGCAGAACAGGAGAAAUCAAUCACAGCUUUGAUCAGACUUCACGAAGGAGGGCGAGGUUAUUACAACGAACCAGGCCGUGACAAGAUUGAGAAACAAAACCACGGUUUCAAAGACUUGAUAGCAAAGGCACGUGAGAAACUGCAAGAAAAGCGGCAGGUUGAUGAUAGGAACACUGACAUCGAAAGCCAGAGGAUAGCUGCCCGGUUAGCCCUAGACCAGAUAGUAGAAACUGAUGAUGAUUUCGAUGAUCAUCUUAAAUAUCAUACGGAAUUGCAAAACCUUGGGUGCGAUUUCAUCCGCGAUCAAGUCAGUUUAUUGAAGAUGUUCAGUUUGCUGUCAAGAGGCGACUACCACAUUGAUGAAUGA